CCGUCCCCUCCCCGACAUAAAACUUAGUAAUACAUCAUAGUGUCAUCUAGAGAAGAAAAACAUCACGAAAUGCAAGAUCAUGCUCUAAUGCAAUUUUCCUUAAAAGUAACUUUGCCUUGUACUCCCAAAGUUUAACCAAUAACUGUUCAGAAAGAUUUUGGAGAGCUUGAUUCAAAGUAGUCAAAGUGAAUAUCAUUGAUUUCAAGGCAAUAGGUUUCAGAGUCUUAAGACUGGCCAGAGUCCAAUAUCGCAAACUUUCUAUAGAGAUGGGAAAGCAAUCUGCUUCUCAUUGAGUCACAUUAAAUUCAUGUCUCUCGUCUUUUUCCAUUCCUCCAGCAUUUUCCGCUGCACCGUCUUCAAGAGCAGCAUCGCAGACACAACGUGGUUGCAAUGAAUUGUGGACUGUGAUGUCAAGAAAAGCUGGCUUCCCAUUAAUUAAGGAAGUCUGGAUGAUAAAUGUCACCAGGGUCUAAAGUUGAGCUUCAAAAGCAAACAGGUAAUGGUAGUCAACAAAGAAAUGUGAGCAACACAGUGGAAAUUGUGAACAAAAUUGAAGCUGAAUUUGAAGAUCUUGGAAGAAUUGUAGGUCUUAUAAGGAUUUCAUCUGCAACAGAUGCAGCAAACUUACUGGAGGAUAUAUGGUUGCACUUUUCAAUAGGUGCUGUUCUAUGGUGUGCAGUAAGACUUGUUACUCUUGUUUGUUUGAGCUUGUUUUGCUUACCCAUUUGUUUAGUGAAAAUGUAUGUGCAUAAUGAAAGUUUAGUUGUUGCUUUUGCCUGUAAUACGUAGCCUUGGCCUCCCAGAUUCGUGUAGUCCCGAUACAAAAUCGUCUGGGUCUGGGAGGCCAAGGCUAUGUAAUACGUGUGUGUGUGUGUGUGUGUGUGUGUGUGUGUGUGUGUGUGUGUGUGUGUGUGUGUGUGUGUGUGUACGUGUGCAUGUGUGUGUACGUGUGCAUGUGUGUGUGUGUGUGUGUGUGUGUGUGUGUGUGUGUGUGUGUGUGUGUGUGUGUGUACGUGUGCAUGUGUGUGUGUGUGUGUGUGCAUGCGUUGUGUAUGUGUACGUGCACGUGUGUGCAUGUGUGUGUGUGUGUGUGUGUGUGUGUGUGUGUGUGUGUGUGUGUGUGUGUGUGUGUGUGUGUGUGUGUGUGGUGUCUUAAUUUUCUUGCUUUUAGGGCACUGGUGUUUACUAGCAUCACCAUACUAGUAGCUUUUGUUACAGGAGGUCUUUCUUUUGCACUGUCACUUAUCACUAGUGACUUUUGUGUUAAUGCUGAUGAAAAUAUAAUUGCUUACUUGUCCAUGUCUAGUGAAGGUAAUGUUGUGUGCUGUAAGCCGGUGUAUGAGCAAUUUGUUGUAUACAUUAUGAUAUUGCUGAUGUUUACAUUGUAUGCAGCUGCUGUUACGGAAAGGGUUCAUCGUUUUGUAUACAAUGCCUCUUUUCUGCAAAACUCUAUUUUGAUGACAUCUUUAUUGCCCGUUUUUCAUCUUUGACUGUACGUCAACAAAAUGCUCUUUCAUCUACUAUUACACACUUACAAGUGCAUUCACCUUCAACAACAUCUCUAUUGCCAGUUCUCUCAUUAUCUGUGACAUCUUUAUUACCAUCAGUUUCAUUGUCUAUGAUAUCUACAUUGCCAGCACUUUCAUCAGUUGCUCCAGAUCAACUGCUGAUGCCAUUACCUUCAGUUGUACAAGCAUUGCCUUUUGAUAGUUUUAAUGCAAUGUCAACUGCAGUCGUAAUGAGCUCUGUUUUUAGUGGAGUUGAUGGAUUUAGCUGUACAACUAUGUAUUUAUCAUCAAUUGUGCUCUCCAAUGAAGUAAUGAGAUUAUGGGAGAGUCAAGUGAGCUUGAGGAUAAGCACUUCUACAGACUUGAAUAAAAAAAUAGUACUCUAUUACCUGCUAUCUCUACACUUUCGAAUAUAGCUAGUGUGGUAAAGUUGCACCAAAAUGACUCACAAGUCUUGGCGAGUAGGAAUGGUUCUGCAAGCAACUCAGUGGAUCUCUAUAAGUCUACAUUAUUAUACAAGAGCCGUGUACUUUACUGUGGAGCUUUCAUGUCUACUCCGACUUCUCCAGUACAAACUCAUACCAACACACAAACCACUAAUUUUGACAACUGCAACAAGCUAUUCUUUAACAACUUCUCUACCACCGGUCACUUUAGACUUGGCACUGGCACAUUUUGUGUACUGUUCAAACAAUUGCUCAGAUAUCUUCAUGAACCACUUAGCAGCUAUUAACAAUGAACUUCAUGACCUGAACAACAGUCUUGUGAGACUCUACGAUGAAUUGGAAUUAAUUUUAGGCUCACAAAGACUUGUUGUAAGAGCAAUUGAUGGUGUGUUGUCUUUCAAUUCAUCAGUAAUGGCACUGGAAGAAAGAACAAGAUGUUCUCAUAUUCAUGAGCUGGUACACAGUUGCGAGGGACAAAGCUUGUGGGAAGGGAAUUUUCGUUUAUGUUUAGCCUCAGCCUAUUUACAAUGGCAUGUAGUUGUUUCUCACUUGGUAUUAUCUGUAUUCCUCUUUUUGUUUGUCUACGACGAACAGAUUUGUGGAGAAAAUCUUAUGACAGAUCCUAUCGAAAUGGUAGUCGUCUUUCGUCAAAUUUAGCUUAAACAAAUAUGUCUCCAAGUAGACACAGAGUAGAACCACCUUCUUACAAUUCAAUGAUCAACACAGACUCUACAGCACAUGUUUCCAGCAUUUCUAAUUUCACUAGGAAAGAAACGAUCAAUCUUCAAGAGCUCUCGUGACCUAACAAGUACUUAGCAUUGUAGUAGCCCUGCAGCAUGCAGGAGCAGUAUGCUUCGAUUCUGGAGUUUGCGUUUCAGAAUUGUUGUUGGAAUGAGACUGGCUAUGUUGGCAGUGCACAUGAUAAGAGACCUACCUAUCAUUAGAUAACAUCUGUUACUACAGGAAUGUAAUAGUCAGUGUGCAGUAUUACAAAGCAAGAACUAUAGUGGUCAUGUCUUGCCCAAUAAAC